AUGGUUUCGUACGAAAGUUUGGUGCUAGUCGGUAGCUUGUUGAUCAUUACGUCCAUUUCGUUUGCUUUAGGUGUCAUUUUUGGCAACUGGCCAUAUGAUUACUACACUAUCUGGGACACUACUCAAGGCCAAUUAUAUUUCGACGCCGCCUUGAAUCAUUACAAAACUUGGGGACAAGCUGCUCCAAUCAUCACCAACACUUUCCAUGCAAUUCUUGCUCUUGCAUUUGUUGGAAGUUUCAUCAAGGUGUUCAGACCUAACGAAGAUGCCCAAUACUUUGAAUACGGUACGUUGGGUGCCUUGGUUCUAGCUGCUUGUAUUUACAUCAGCAAUGUGAGAAUCGGUAUUGUCUCGGCAAUUGUGGGCGAAUGGGGUGAUGUGGACCAGAACACCGGCCUGGGUGUCAUUGCUGCUUCCGAAACCAUGAUUGUUGUUAUCUUGCUUGGAAUUGUUUUGCUCCAAUGUGGUCUCUUCUAUGCUUACUUUGAAGAUUUGAAAGUGAAGCAGGAAUUCUACUUGAAGGAACUGAAAGACAAGUACGAGGCCUCCGAACAGCCUUCAGCUCCGGCAGCUAAGGCCACCGGAGCACAGACUACCAAGACCAGGGCUAAGAAGGUGUCCAAGAAAGCCUGA